CCUGUAAACAUUAUAAUUCAAGACUUUUAAUGAACCAGCGUUAAGCUGUCACAUUUUCCUGUCAUGAUGCAGUGAAACAAGAGUGGAAAUGAGCCUUCUAAGGGGAUUUUUGAGGAAGGGCGGCUCGCAGAGGCAGCAGCUGAGCACCUGGUCGGCCCUGGCCACGGCGUUCAACGCCAAACCGGAGCCUCGGCUGUCCUUCACCAAGAACGAUGUGGGUUUGUUCGGAGUGGACGAGCUGCGGAGCGCGGACGGCUUCCACUUGCUGCAGCAGCAGGCCGAAUUCGAGACGGAGCGGCUGAUCGAAGAGACCGGCUCGUCGGACAGAAAGAGAGCCAUGGUUGCCGUCUUUGACGACAUGUCCGACAGCCUCUGCAGGGUGGCUGACCUCGCCGAGUUCGUCAGGGUGGCCCAUCCUAAGUCGUCGUACGCACUCGCCGCCGAGAACGCCUGCAUCGCAAUCAGCGGCGUCGUCGAGAGAUUAAACACCCAUCCGAGGCUGUACCAGCGGCUUCGUGCGGUUCUAGGCCAAAAGGACCUGGUGCCGACGAGCGUCCUGGAUGACCACGUGGCUGAAUUGUUCCUCUUCGACUUCGAGCAGAGCGGAAUCCACCUUUCCGAGUCGCAGCGGCGUCAGGUCGUCAGUCUGAACAACUCCAUCCUCCAGUUCGGGCAGAAAUUCAUGGCUGGCUGCGUGGCAGCCAGGUCCGUGCCCAAGAACCAGUUUCCCCUCAGCACCAGGCACCUGUUCGCGGCAGACGGUGACAACCUGCUGGUGACCGGCCUGUACGCCGACUCCUCGAGCGACCUGGCCAGGCAGACUGCCUAUAAAAUGUUUUUGCAACCUGACCCGAUGCAGGAGUACUUUUUGUCGGAAAUGCUGAGCCACAGAAACCAGCUCGCGCAGCUCUGCGGCUUCCCCACCUACGCCCACAGGGCUCUCAAGUCGAGUACUGCCGAGACGCCGCAAAUGGUCUCCGAGUUUCUCGAGCACCUGUCCGUGGAGCUGAAGCCCAGGGCGGAAAUCGACUUCCAAAGCAUGCAGCGCCUCAAGGCCGCGGAGAAUCCUGACUCGAAGGAGCUGGCCGCGUGGGACGUGCCUUACCUGACGCACAAGGUGAAGAAGGCGUGGCUCCACCUGGGAAGCGGAGCAGAAUUCGCACCCUUCCUCUCACUCGGCGCGUGCAUGGAGGGGCUGGACAAGUUGCUGCACAGCCUCUACGACAUCCGCCUCGUCAACGCCGAGAUCAAACCUGGCGAGACCUGGAGCCCUGAGGUCUACAAACUCGAUGUGGUUCACGGAGGGGAGGGCCUGCUAGGUCACAUCUACUGCGAUUUUUACGAGCGGACGAACAAACCAAACCAAGAUUGCCACUUCACCAUCAGGGGAGGCAAGCAACUCGCAGAUGGAACCUAUCAGAAUCCGAUCGUGGUGCUGAUGCUGAGUCUUCCGACGCCGCGCUGGUCGAGUCCGUCGCUGCUGUCGCCGUCGAUGGUGGACAACCUGUUUCACGAGAUGGGCCACGCUGUGCACUCGAUGCUGGCCCGCACAAAGUACCAGCACGUGACCGGCACCCGCUGCGCCACCGACUUCGCCGAGGUGCCGUCCGUGCUGAUGGAGUACUUCGCCGCAGACCCCAGGGUGAUUCGCAGCUUCGCCAAGCACUACCAGACGCAGGAGCCGAUCCCGGACGCGAUGCUGGCGCGGCUGUGCGCCUCGAAAAACGUGUUUGCCGCCUCUGAGAUGCAGCUGCAGGUGUUUUAUUCGGCCCUGGACCAAAAAUACCACGGCCAGCACCCUCUGACCAACACCACGGACAUCCUCAAAAGCGUCCAGAGCAAGCACUACGGCCUGCCUUACGUAGAAAAUACGGCUUGGCAGCUGCGGUUUAGUCACCUGGUGGGGUACGGCGCCAAGUAUUACUCGUACCUGUUGUCGCGGGCGAUCGCGUCCUGGAUCUGGCAGCAGUACUUUGAAGAAAACCCGUUCUGCGGCGACGCCGGGGAGCGGUUCCGCCGGGAGUGCCUGGCCCACGGAGGCGGCCUCCCGCCGCGCCAGCUCGUGGCCGCAGCGCUCGGAAAGCAGGUGUCGCCGCAGGAGCUCGCCUCGGCGCUGGUGCGCGACCUCGAGACCAGACACAGCCUCGUCGACCGCGUCGUCAACGCCUGCCAACCCUGAUUGUGAGCAACAGACUGAAUUUAGAUACAAAAAAAACGACUCGCUCCGAUUGUGAAAUGAAAGAUUGUCCAACAAUGUCUGUAUAUUAAUUGUUGUUAGAUUGUAUCAAGUAAAAUAAAUUCUUAUCAAGAAUGGAA